AUGCGUCCAACCACCAUCAGCAAAACCCUUCAACAACCACCAAGAACCAGCAGAGUGUCGACACAACAUGCACGAACACAACACGACGAAAGUAGCACAGAUGAUCCUGAAGAGCACAGUCAAACAAUAUCCGCAGAAAUCGUUAUGCACAACAGCAAAACAACAAUCGAAUACCGAAUGAUCUGGGUUCACGACACAUUUCGGAAUCAGCGGAAAUUAGCGAGGACAAGUCUUCCAAAAGAAUCGGUGCUGAAAGAGCACACUAUCCUGUCGCAGAUCAGCCAUCCGAGAAACCUACACUAUUUUGGGUAUUUUCAAACCGAGGACUCGUGGAACAUAUAUGCGGAACGAGGAAAUCUGGCCGAUUUUUUGCAACGACGCCGAAAGGAUGCAAACUUUCUCAGCCAGCGUGUGGCAAUGGCAAAGUUUUGGGACCUGGCCGAUUGACUGAAAUAUUUACAUCAGAGGCGCAUUAUCCAUUGGGAUCUCAACCCGGAAAAUGUGCUGAUCGAUUCAGACAACCGACUGAAGUUGGCCGAUUUCGAAAUGGAAAAAAUCUGUACCGGUGUCAAUCUGGAGGAGGAGUUAAGUAUGACGAUCUUUGGCACUCCACUGUACAUGGCGCCGGAUGCUGCGACCGGUAAACCGUACGACUUCCGAAGCGACAUCUGGCCCUUAGAAGUGAUAUUCUACGAGCUGUGUAUGAUGCAACAUCCUUACCUAGAGCGAUUCGAUGCGACUGCUGGCCAGCUUUCUUCGGAGGGAAAGCAUAAAUUCAUCCCCCCAUAGAUCGAUUGGCCCUGCCGGGGCUGUCGACCGAAGAUGCAGUCGCUGUUUUUGAUUAUGAUACAGGUCGAUCAGAAAAAGCGCUGGACGCUGGAGAAAAUGCUGAAGAAGCAACCUUUCUCCAGACUAUUACUCAGGAAACUAACGUAA